AUGGCCAUGAAAACUGUCACCGCAGUCGAACGGAGUAAAAGAUGGCCUGUGGAUUUCGAUCGAAAUGGCCACGUGCGCGCCGGACGGACGCAAGAAGACUCUGCACCUCUCGCCUACGCCCAUGGGUUGCCAUUCAUUUUCGUCAUUCGCGGAGGUUACGCUUUGACCGGCAGGUCCCAUGGAUUGGCUUGCCUUGCCUGA